CGGAAAACACUUACUUUUGCUCCCCUCUCAGUGCCUUAGCCCAUGCAAAAGCCGUCAGUCGUCCCAAAGCAGUUCAACGAUUCCUUAAAGGAUAUUUUUGUUGUUGUUGUUUUUCAAGAAAUGUUUUCCUAUGACAAGUAGUUUGUUUGUGGUAUUUUGAGCGGUGGCACCCACUCGGACAUGUCAUUUCUGUCGCCCACGUUAAGACUGGAAAAUCUCUCAACCAAACCGAUUAUGAGCCAGGACCACAUACCAGAGGAGAAGCGUUACAAUAAAAACAACAUUGUGGCCAAAUGGUGUGCCCCAAUCAACGGGAAAAUGUAUCGCAUAGAGCUGGAGCAUGGUACAACAAGUGGUCGUCGCAUGAUUUGGGUCAAUGGCAAAGAGGUGCUUAGGCGCGAUUGGAUGUUUAAGCUUGUGGGCGAGGAUUCUUUCUAUAUAGACCAAGCCCGCUGCAUUAUACGCGUUGAUCCUGCUCCCGGCUUUAAAUAUGAGUACCUGCUGUACAUAGAUGGCAAAUCCCAUGACCAGUACACCGAAGAGCAGAACAAACAAUAUCGCCUUUGGGUGACUACCAUCAAUGGCGUUCAGUAUCGCAUAAUGCUUGAGUUGGACACCUUGAAUCUCUUCAUAAACGAUGAACUACAAAAGGAGACGGCGGAAUUUGUGGAUGGCGGCACCGACACCCUCAUUCACAUAAACGAUGUCGAUUUCACUCUGCAGACUCGCUCAAGCGGCAAUAAACUCAGCGGCAUUCGUCACACUCUGCUAGCCAACCAUGUGGAAAUUCCUGAAGCCAAAAUUCAGGAAAUAAUGCAGGAACCUUGCUCAAUUCUAUCAACGUAAAUGCAAUGUGUUGACCUCACCUAUGCAAACUUAGACAUGCUAAUAGACACAAUAUUUGUAAAUGUGAACAUCUUUUUCCGUUUUCCGUUUUCCGCUUUCAGCAAUAAAGUCCAAAUUUUUUGAUUUA